CCCUGUCUCACUGCUGGAGGAAGAGCCCAAAGGACAGGAUAAAAGGGCUCAGGGCCAGAGCACCCCAACCACUCACCUCCUGUGCUGCUUGUGACCUCACUCCUGAACACCCGCACCAAGAUGUCCUGCCAGCAGAACCAGCAGCAGUGCCAGCCCCCUCCCAAGUGCAUCCCCAAGUGCCCUCCCAAGUGCCUCACCCCUAAAUGCCCCCCAAAGUGUCCCCCUAAGUGUCCUCCAGUCUCUUCCUGCUGCAGUGUCAGCUCCGGAGGCUGCUGUGGCUCCAGCUCUGGGGGCAGCUGUGGCUCCAGCUCUGGGGGUUGCUGCAGUUCUGGGGGAGGUGGCUGCUGCCUGAGCCACCACAGGCGCCGCAGGUCCCACUGCCACAGACCCCAGAGCUCUGGCUGCUGCAGCCAGCCCUCCGGGGGCUCCAGCUGCUGUGGAGGGGGGAGUGGCCAGCACUCUGGAGGCUGCUGCUGAAGUGGAUCCUGAGCCUAGAAGAACACAAAUGGCCAAAUAUUUCCCUUCCGUCUUCCUUCUCCUUCUGGGCCUGCCCAUGUUAUUGAGAGGUCUUGGUGAGGGCUCAACUCAAGCAUAGAGGAUUCUUCUGUCUUGGAGUUCAGAGGCCCAAAACUUCUCCCCCAAAGCCAAGCCAUUUAAUGACCUCAGUUUGCAUAUGUGUGGUUGCUCUGGGAAGCCCAAAGCACAGACCUAUAUCCCUUUGCAGCUUGUCUUUUUGCGUAGCUCAGCCUGAUGUGAAACAAUAAAACCAGAAAUAUGCAUUC